GUUCUGGCAACACCGCAGUGGCGCGCCUUCAUGCGAGGUGACUUCGUUUCGCCGUGUGUCACUGGAAAUCAAAGUUUAUAUGUUUUUUCUCGAAUUAUCGCAUUUAAAUCCAUUUCUAAUCCUCGAGUGAUAUAAUUGUGAUUAUGUGCCGUUAUCUUUUGAGUGCCGGAGGUGUACGAUAAGGGUGUUGUUGCAUGGUGGGGGUAAGGAGAAGGUGCCAAAAUGGGGGACAGUUUCUUGCACCUGGGGGACAUUGUCUCCCUGCACGCGGAAGGCACUGUAUCAGGAUUCCUCAGUACCUUAGGGUUGGUAGAUGACAGGUGUGUGGUGUGCCCGGAAGCGGGCGACCUGACUGAUCCGCCCAAAAAGUUCCGGGAUUGCCUGUUCAAAAUAUGCCCCAUGAACCGCUACUCCGCUCAAAAGCAGUUCUGGAAUACUGCCAAGCAGUCCGCUAACUCCAACACCGAUACAGGACUGCUUAAGAGGUUGCACCAUGCCGCUGAGAUAGAGAAGAAGCAAAAUGAGUUGGAGAACAAGAAGUUGCUGGGGACUGUCGUGCAGUACGGCAGCGUUCUACAACUGCUGCACGUCAAGUCCAAUAAAUACCUCACUGUAAACAAAAGACUGCCCGCGUUGCUGGAGAAGAACGCGAUGCGCGUUCACCUUGACGCCAACGGCAAUGAGGGCUCCUGGUUUUAUGUCAUGCCUUUCUACAAGCUCAGAUCCACGGGUGACAACGUAGUGGUAGGUGACAAGGUGAUAAUGAACCCCGUGAAUGCGGGACAACAAGUCCUACACGUUUCCUCUAACCACGAGCUGCCUGACAACGUUGGCUGUAUGGAGGUCAACGUAGUAAACUCCUCGACUUCCUGGAAGGUGACUCUCUUCUUGGAACACAAAGAGAACCAAGAAGAGAUCCUGAAGGGGGGUGACGUGGUGAGGCUGUUCCACGCUGAGCAGGAGAAGUUCCUGACCAUGGACGAGUAUCAGAAGCGGCAGCAUGUGUUCCUCAGGACUACGGGAAGGUCCAGUGCCACUGCUGCUACCAGUAGUAAGGCCUUGUGGGAGAUUGAGGUGGUACAACAUGACCCGUGUCGCGGAGGCGCGGGACACUGGAACUCCAUUUUCCGGUUCAAGCAUCUCGCCACGGGACACUAUCUAGCUGCCGAGGCUUGUAAUAGACCACCUGAAGCACCAGUGGAUCCAUACGAGCCGGCCUUCCAGCUGGUCUCCGUGCCUCACUCGUCGGAGAUCGCCACGCUGUUCGAGCUGGACCCCACCACCAUGACCCAUUCUGAUGCGCCUGUGCCGCAGAGCAGUUAUGUCAGGCUACAACAUUUAUGCACUCAUACGUGGGUGCAUUCCACUUCUAUACCCAUCGACAAGGAUGAAGAGAAACCUGUUAUGUCCAAGGUGGGCUGCUCCUUAGUAAAAGAAGACAAGGAAGCGUUCGCCCUUAUCUCAGUGUCUCCCAGUGAGGUGCGAGACCUGGACUUCGCGAACGACGCCUGCAAGGUGCUCUCAGCAUUGUCGACCAAGCUGCAGCUCGGCAAUAUAGAGCAUAAUGAGAGGAAAGCCCUAACCUGCCUGCUGCAAGACAUAGUGUACUUCAUAGCCGGCUUCGAGAACGAGCCCAACAAGUCUGAAGCUCUAGACCUGGUGGUGGAAAACCCUAACAGGGACAGGCAGAAGCUGCUCAGAGAACAGUAUAUAUUGAGGCAGUUGUUUAAGAUAUUACAGGGUCCAUUCCAAGAGACAACAGAAGGGGAGGCGUUCCUGAAGAUUGAGGAGUUGUACGACCCUCGAUACGCCGCCUAUAAGUACAUCUUCCGUCUGUGCUACAGGAUACUCAGGCUUAGUCAACAGGACUAUAGGAAGAAUCAGGAAUACAUAGCAAAACACUUCGGCUUCAUGCAGAAGCAGAUCGGCUACGACAUACUCGCGGAGGACACCAUCACAGCACUGUUGCACAACAACAGGAAGCUUUUGGAGAAGCACAUCACUGCCUCCGAGAUCGAGACCUUCGUGGGUCUGGUCCGUAAGAACAUGAAGACUUGGCAGUCCCGUUUCCUGGACUACUUGAGCGACUUGUGCAUCUCCAACAAGAAGGCUAUUGCUGUGACACAGGAGCUCAUCUGCAAGAGUGUGCUGUGUGCCAAUAACUCGGAUAUACUUAUCGAGACCAGAUUGGUAUCAACGAAAUACGAAAAAAGCAAGACAUUAGACCCGGACGAUCCAAAAUAUACUGUUGAAGAGGAAGUCAUGCUGCUGUGGAAUAAUAAGAAGUGCUCCCGUCUACUAUCAGAACUCGCAGCCGAAGCCCGAGUGGACCCUAACAGCCAAUCUGCGGCCAUCCUGGACUACUACCGUCACCAACUGGACCUGUUCUCCAACAUGUGUCUCAAUCGGCAGUAUCUGGCGCUGAAUACACUGUCACCGCAGCUGCAUAUACAUCUUAUAUUGAAAUGCAUGUCAAACGCAUCCCUUUCCUACGAGGUCCGUGCAUCGUUCUGUCGCCUCAUGCUGCAUCUGCAUGCGGACAGAGACCCACAGGAGCCGGUCACGCCUGUUAAAUACGCGAGGUUAUGGACUGAAGUCUGUGAUAGAAUACAUAUACAUGACUACCAAUGCGUGAAAGGCGGUCCGGACGCGAACAGGGAGAAAGUCAAGGAACAAUUUGCAUCCACUAUCCGCUUUGUAGAGAACUAUCUAUGUAACGUCGUCACUAAGACUUGGUAUUUUAGUGACCAUGAUCAGAAUAAACUGACUUUCGAAGUUGUGAAGUUGGCGAGAGAGCUAAUCUAUUUUGGAUUCUAUAGCUUCAGCGAUUUGCUACGACUAACGAAGACGUUACUGAGCAUCUUGGAUUGCGUCACUGCUAUGGACCUGCUCAAUGAGACCAACACACUCUCCGGGGAAGUCGAAUCCGAAGGUGGCGUGUUACGCAGUAUCGGUGACAUGGGCGCUGUAAUGACAUCUAUAACUCUCGGUGGCGUAGCCAGAAAUCAGGCAGGCAGUAGUUCAAUACCACCUGGUGGGGGCGGAGGCCUGCAGCGCAGCGCGUCGGCGCUGCUGCUGGCGCGGGAGCACCCGCUCGUCAUGGACACCAAGCUCAAGAUCAUCGAGAUACUGCAGUUCAUCCUAGACGUGCGGCUGGACUACCGCAUCAGCUGUCUACUGUCGAUCUUCAAGAAGGAGUUCGAGCAGGCCGGCGAGAGGUCGGCUGAUACCAUCGGCCGGGCUGAUGUGGAGGCGAUAGGCCUUCAGGCUGAAGGGAUCUUCAGCUGUCGAGCAAUACAAACUGUGCCUGACAGCUGUCUGCCCAAAAAUGUAGAUUUGGAUGGUCUAGACCUGGACGAAUGUGGGGGCAGGAUGGUACUCCGAGUGCUGCUGCAGCUGUGCUCUCAAGGAGCAUCGGCUGCGCUGGUCUCCGGAGCCCUGGCACUCCUGUUCAGACAUUUUAGUCAGCGACAAGAAGUGUUGGUUGCUUUUAAGCAGGUACAACUGCUAGUAUCAGACGCCGACGUGGAGUCCUACAAACAGAUAAAGGCGGACCUAGACCUGCUGCGACAGAGCGUGGAGAAGUCAGAGCUGUGGGUCUUCAAUAAAGGACGCGCAGUUCUCAUUGAUGAGCAUAUAAGUCUAACAGGCACGGUGGGUCCAGGCGGGGCGGUGCUCGAACGCAACGCGUCUAUGGAUAAUGUUCUAGAUACUUCUAGAACUGCCAAGCACGACCACAACGAAUAUCUGAAGAUUAAAGAGAUUCUGCAGCGCAUGAUAAAGUACUGCACUCACGGGAACAGCGGCGGUGGCGAGACCGGUCGUCCGCGCAGACACGAGCAACGACUGCUAAGGAACAUUAGAGUGCAUACUAUUGUACUGGAUCUGUUACAGGUGCCUCAUGAUGAAGACGAUAUGGCAAUGGAUGAACUCCUGGCUUUGGCUCACGAGUUCUUGCAGCACUUCUGUCACGGCAACCAGCAGAAUCAGGCUAUAUUGCACAAACAUCUGGAUUUAUUCCUAAAUGCUGGGAUACGCGAAGCCCAAACCGUAUGCUCAAUAUUCAAAGACAACGCGGCGCUGUGCAGCCACGAGGGUAAUGAGAAGGUGGUGGCUCACUUCGUGCACUGCAUCGAGUCCCGCGGCCGGAGACCCGAGUACCUGCACUUCCUGCAGACUAUUGUGCAUGCUGACACACAGUAUAUUCGACGCAGCCAGGACUUGGUUAUGCAAGAGAUGGUGAACGCAGGUGAAGACGUGCUGGUAUUCUACAACGACAAGGUGUCGUUCAACAACUUCAUACAGAUGAUGAGACAGUUCCGCAGAACCAAUGAAAUGCCAGAAGCACUCAGAUACCACAUCCAGCUAGUGAAGCUGCUAACAUGCUGCACUAUGGGCAAGAACGUGUACACGGAGAUAAAGUGCCACUCGCUACUGCCGCUAGAUGACAUCGUGUCUAUGAUCACGCACACUGACUGUAUACCUGAGGUGAAAGAAGCAUACGUAGGCUUCCUGAACCACUGCUACAUCGACACGGAGGUGGAGAUGAAGGAGAUCUACUCCAGCAACUACAUGUGGGACCUGUUCGAGCGAUCCUUCCUGCACGACAUGCAGGCCAUACUGCACAGUGACGGGACGCAUGCUGCUGCAGGUCCUUCAUCCGAGAUGGCGUCGAGCUCGCUGCGUCCAGCAGUGGGCACUCAGAAGGCGUGGGUCAACUACGUGACAGACGUUCUCAUGCACACUAUCUGUACCUUCUUUAACUCGCCCUUCAGCGACCAGAGUACCACUGUGCAGACCCGACAGUCGAUAUUCGUGAAGCUGCUUCAGACUACGUUUAGUAUCUACCAAUGUCCGUGGCUGACGCCGCCGCAGAAACUAAACGUUGAGAAGUGCAUACGGACGCUUAGUGAUGUUGCUAAAUCCCGCAGCAUAGCAAUACCUCUAGAGUUAGAAGCUAAGAUUCAGACGGUGUUCGACAAAGCUGCGGCACUCUCCCGUCAGACCAGCAAGUGGCUGCUAGCCUCCAAGACUUCCAAGCUUGAGAAGAUGGCCUCACAGGCGAACCUCCAAAACGACAGAUCAGUGAUGGAAGGUCUGCAAGAGAUAGUGGCUCUCCUAGAAGAACAGUUGCGGCCUCUGCUGCAAGCUGAACAGUCUCUGCUGGUGGACAUCCUGUACAAACCUCAUCUGCUGUUCACCAGUCCAGGGGAGGUGUCGCAGUCUGACACUAGUGGGAUCUUCAUAUCCAGACUGAUUCGACAUACAGAGAAACUUCUAGAAGAAAAGGAAGAGAAGCUGUGCGUCAAAGUACUGCAGACUCUUAGAGAGAUGAUGGCUGUUGACCCGGAAUAUGGGGAGAAGGGCAACCAACUCCGCUCCAAGCUACUCUCGCAGUACUUCAUAAACCGGAAGUCGGAGCCCAAGAUCCUCCCGCCGCCAUCUUCCCUCGCCGUCACCCACGGCCCUGGAGCCAAAGUGCUGCUGCGAACUGGUCAGACGCUGGCCCAAGUUCAGGCGCACCUUGAUAAGGAAGGAGCUUCGGACCUGGUGGUAGACUUGGUGAUUAAAAGCACCAAUCGACAAGCCAUUUUCCUGGAAGCUAUACAGCUUGGUAUCGCUCUCCUGGAAGGUGGAAACCCAAUAAUUCAGAACAGCAUAUUUACCAAACUACAAAACGGCGAAAUAUCUCAAGCAUUUUUUAAGGUAUUCUACGACAAAAUGCGUGAAGCACAGCAGGAGAUCCGGUCACUAGCUGCCAGUAGUACUGCCGCAGCCAGCGGCGACAAGCAGCGCACUUCUUACUCCGAGAAGCAGAAGCCAGUCACCGCUGAUGGUACGAAGACCAGCCCCGGCGUGCUAGUGGUGGGCGAGGAGAUGGAUGAGGAGGUGACCACCGCGUGCGGCUCUGCUGUGCACGCGUACUCCGAUAUACACACCAUGUCGCAUGGUACCACAGCUCUGGAAGAGAUAAUGGCGGAAAAGAAAGAGGCUGGCAACUCGGACGUGCUCCCGGCCAAGGUUGCCAUCAUGAGGCCCAUAUUGAGGUUCUUGCAGCUGCUCUGUGAGAAUCACAAUCCUGACCUACAGAAUCUACUCCGCAAUCAGAACAACAAAUCUAACUACAACCUGGUGUCAGAAACCCUGAUGUUCCUGGACUGCAUCUGUGGGUCUACCACGGGUGGUCUCGGUCUACUGGGCCUGUACAUCAACGAGGGUAAUGUGGCGCUCAUCAACCAGACCUUGGAGACGCUCACUGAGUAUUGCCAAGGCCCCUGCCACGAAAACCAGAACUGCAUAGCGACACACGAAAGCAACGGCUUAGACAUAAUCACAGCUUUAAUUCUAAACGACAUCAACCCUCUCGGCAAGACACGCAUGGACCUAGUUCUGGAGCUGAAGAACAACGCCUCCAAACUCCUGCUGGCCAUCAUGGAGUCUCGGAACGACUCCGAGAACAAUGCCGAACGGAUACUGUACAACAUGAAUCCGAAACAGCUGGUAGAUGUUGCUUGCUCCGCGUUCCACCAGGAGCACGGCAUGGACGCCGACUCCGACUCGGAGGACGAUGCCAUCGUGCAGGGCGUCUCGCCCAAGGAGGUGGGGCACAACAUCUACAUCCUGUGCCACCAGCUGGCGGCUCACAACAAGGAGCUGGCGGCGCUCGUGCGGGCCUCGCCGCACGGCGCCAACGCCGACGCGCUGCGCUACUACCGUACUCACACCGCGCAGAUAGAGAUAGUUCGAAGGGACAGGAGCAUGGAACAAAUCGUGUUCCCGAUCCCGGAGAUCUGCGAAUAUCUGCCAGCGGAUAGUAAGCAUCGCGUACUGCAGAGCGCCGAGCGAGACGACCAGGGCAGCAAGGUCGCUGACUUCUUCUCCAGGCUGGACAACCUGUUCCACGAGAUGAAGUGGCAAAAGAAGCUUAGGGGACAGCGUCUCCUAUUCUGGGUUUCGUCCUACAUGUCUCUGUGGAGCAACAUACUAUUCAACUUCGCUGUUCUGAUCAACAUCAUCGUCGCCUUCUUCUAUCCCUUCCAAGACGAGAAUCCAAUUUUCACACACGCAGAGCUAGGGGAACACCUGUCGCUGGUGGUGUGGUGCGUGUCGGGGGUGGCCGGAGCCCUGGUCACGUGGCUGCCCCGCGGGGGCGGAGCCCGGGCGCUGCUGGCGUCGGCCGCCGUGCGGUUUAUGUACUCGGCGGGGCCGGAGCCCACGUUGUGGGCGCUGGCUAUGCUCACUAUAGUGGUGAAAGGCAUCCACCUGGUGAGCAUCAUGGGCAACCAGGGCACGCUAUCCAAGUCCCCGGGGAAGGUGCUUACAGACCCUGAACUGCUGUACCACAGCGUCUAUCUCGUCUUCUGCUUCUGCGGGAUAUGUUGGCAUCCAUUCUUCUUUUCUGUUCUGCUCCUAGACAUAGUGUACCGCGAAGAGACUCUCUUGAACGUAAUGCGAUCAGUAACUCGCAACGGCCGGUCCAUCCUACUGACGGCCGUGCUGGCGCUUGUGCUGGUCUACAUGUUCUCCAUCGUAGGCUACAUGUUCUUCCGAGACCAUUUCCUCGUCAGCGUCGAUCGGCUGGACGAUGACGACGACCCCCGAUAUGAGCCCGACGGCUGCGCCGACGACGGUGCCUCCAAGUACCUGAAGGAAGCCGACCAGUGCCGCCGCAGCUCCCGCUUCGUGUCCGUCGGCGGCGAGUUGCGCGAGCGCAGCUGUGACUCGCUCAUCAUGUGUAUAGUCACCACGCUCAACCAGGGCCUGAGGAAUGGCGGCGGUAUCGGAGAUAUAUUGAGAGCUCCCGCUAGUUUUGAGCCGCUAUUCGUGGCCCGAGUGGUGUACGAUCUGCUAUUCUUCUUCGUGGUGAUCAUCAUAGUGCUGAACCUGAUCUUCGGUGUCAUCAUCGACACCUUCGCAGACCUCAGGAGCGAGAAGCAGCAGAAGGAGCACAUAUUGAAAAACACCUGUUUUAUUUGUGGAUUGAACAGGUCAGCCUUUGACAACAAGACAGUCUCGUUCGAGGAACAUAUCAAGAGCGAACACAACAUGUGGCACUACCUCUACUUCAUGGUGCUGGUGAGGGUCAAGGAUCCCACCGAGUUCACCGGCCCCGAGAGCUAUGUGCACUCCAUGAUCAAGUCCAACAACCUGGACUGGUUCCCGCGGCUCCGCGCCCUGUCCCUGGUGGGCGGCGGCGAGGGCGAGGGGGGGGAGCUGGAGCUGCGAGCCCUGCAGGCGCAGCUGGACCGCGCCCAGCGAGCCGUGCGGACCCUCACUGAACUCCUCACGGACCUGCGGGACCAGAUGACAGAGCAAAGGAAGCAAAAACAACGGAUCGGCUUACUAAACUCAACCUCGGCGUACUUGCAGAACUUGCAAAUGAACUUGCCGCCGUGAACACCAUGCCAAGACGAACACCCGGACAUCUGUGUUUAUGUAUGUAUGUCAUAAGCCGGUUAAAAUGUGAUUAGCUUAAUUUUACAGUAGAAUAAACCGGCUUUUUUGUAGAUUUUUUUCUCUUUCUGUAAAUUGAUUUUUUAACGGUAAACGUUAUUGUGGUCGUUUUAUCGAUGUUCAAGUUAUCGAUAUUGCGACUUCUUAUGAUUGAAUUGGAUUUCUUAGUAUACUGGUCUAUCUGCUGAAAAACCAAGAAGUAAUGAUAUGUAACUAAUUGAUUGAAGGAAUCUUAUUUUGUAAAUUCUUCAGUCUACUAAAUACUAGUAAAAUAUCAACUUUAGUCUUGUUAUAAAAAUUAACAUUUUAUUAGAAGUAUAUAUUUUAAUUCUGUUUAGUAAUAACCCAGGUAGAAAACGACAUACAUAAAUACAAGAUUACGAAUUAUAGUUAAUAUAUUUAUAUUAAUUUAUUGUGAAUACCAUACCGGUGUGUAAAACCUAAGAUAUGUACACCUCGAUCAAGGUACCUCAAUACCGCACAAUAUAAACAAAUACAUAUAUAAAUAGAGUUAUAUAUUACAGUAUAUAUACUAUAUACGCUUGGAUUUCCCGCGACACACGUUGACGUCGAUUUUUAUCGAAUAAUUUACAUGUAAAUACUUUACGAGUUGAUAAGCGUACGAGUAUUGUUUUGAGCAGUUGAGUAUUUUUAGCUCUUAAAAGAAUUUGUAGUAAUUAAUUUUCGCGAAAACAAUUACUUGCUCAAGUUCGUUUUGAAAUAUUUCCCGAUCUUGAAGAGCUCUGUCGAGUGGCACACUUGUCGCUUACACAUAGUUUUACCCGGAAAACGUGGAAUAUAUUCCUUGAAAUAAACCACUCAGCAAUUUUGCUUUCUAUCGAUAAAAAUAAGUAAAAAUUACAAUAAUUAUUCAUAUCUCAACCGCUCAACAAUCGCUAUUUCGUCUCGACACUUCAAAUAUAAUACGUAAGGUUUUCAUAAAGAUACGGGCUAGUGCCGACGUGAUUAUGUGACUAGGCUAAUAGUUCAAACAUAUCUUGUUAUGAUAUUUGACUAGGUAGAGUAGGAUAGACGAUUUAUUGCCCUGUUGCACUGAUUUCAGUAUCAUGUAAGCUAAAAUUCCUACAUAGAAAAAAAACUAUAAAUUGGUCAAAAAGUCCUGAGAUUUUCUCCUUCAAAUCUAUUUACCGCUUAAGAAGCAAUAUACAAUACUAAUAAUCGUUUUUAUAUUUAAAUCAAGUAUAAUCAAAGCAAUAACAUUGAAUAAGCAUUUUUCCAAACUUAAUUAUGUAGCUAAGUUUAAUACCAAUUAGUGCAACAAUGGGUAAAUAAUAAACUGUUACGUAGAUAUUUAAAGUUUUAAAUAUUUGACCUUGAAAAUGAAUCGACGUCGGUAUGUCACUCUCUGGACUUGAAGGUGUGAAGUCAUGGUCAGAAAAGAGAAAAAUUGUAUAUAUACGGAUAUAUGUAUAUAUGAAAAACUGAUUAUAUAGCAGUCAGUGAGGCGACACAUAAUAUGUCGAGGUAUUAUAAAAAUACUGGAAAGUUAGUCAAAAGAUCUUUUUCCAAAGAAAAAAUGGCCGUCGAAUUUAUCGACAUUUUAAAAUACUGUGUGACAUUAUGUAAACUGCCGGACGACCAUGACUUUAUACCCAGGCUAUGCCUGAUUUUCUCAAUAUGUAAAUCGGAUUUUUUCUGUCUUUUAUAUACAAGGUUUAUAUAAUGAAAUCUGAACAAAUGUAGUUUUGUUCUAGUAGUUAGAAUAGUUUUUAUUGGGGGAGAUAAUUCUAAAUGUUUUUUUCGUAAAUUAUAUAUUUAUUUGCUUACUUUGCUCACUAAAAACUAAUUUUCUUUCAAAUGUCACUUUUAUUUAUAAAUCUAAUAAUAAAUAUCGCUACUGCAGUUCGAUAAAUUUUGUUAAACCUGAUUUAUCGACAAAAAGCCUCAUAAUGUGUUUUCUCUAUUCUCAAAGAAAAUUACUGUCGUGGUAAUUUUGGUAUCGAGAAGGAUUUUCUCUAUGUCUCUAUUCUAUUUUAUGUAAUUAUAUAUAUAUUUUUUUAAUAUCUCCCCCCUUGUUAGAGGUUUGGAUGUGCAAUACAGCUCAAACAAGUUACCUAUAACUGUAGUUAGAUAUCAAAUUUUAUUUGUAAAGAGUUUUAUGAAGUAUUUAAAGCAAUAGGCAUCAAAUAAAAUCGAUCGGAAAUAAUUUUAAAUGAAAGAGUUAUAAAAAUCUUUUUUCCUUGGAAGCCGACCCCAACGUAGAUGGGAAAAACGCUCGGAAGAUGAUGGGUUAUAAGAAUCUUUUUGACCUCUUAUGUUUUUAGAUUAAAUCAAUAAUGACUAAGCUAUGUUUUUGUGUUACCCUUUGCUUCAAAAACUUCAUAUAAAUACGAAAUAAUCUUGAGAAAGAUCUGAGUAUAAUGUGUCUAGUUACGAGUCGAUGUGUGGGUCAUGUUUGUGUAAUGUUAGGCUGGAGGUGAUAGUUGUUACGUUAUUUUAGGAUUAAGUCUUCGAAUCUCUAGAUUUUAUCUAGACAAUGAGGUUUAAUACUGAUCCCGAUGGCAUGUUGACAAACUAGUUUCUCAAAAUGAAACUCUUACAAAAAAAAACUGCUUGAAAAUAGUUUGAUUAAUAUAAAAAUGUAAUGCUCAAUAAAAUGCCAAAAUGUAAACGAAUUAAAGCAAGUAUCAGUAUUGAGUCUCCAUCAAAUAUAUUGUAAUAUAUGAUUAUAUAUUAUCCGACUAUAAGAAAAAGGUUGUUCUAUAUAAAUGACAUGAUGACGACACAAAUACGCUAGAGAUUUGGCAAUCAAAUAUCAAAAUGUGUAAAACGAGGUAUUUAGAUGACAUGAACAUUAAAAACAAGGAAAAAAAUCGCAUUAAAAAGUUCAUGUUAUUUGCAAGAAAGAUAGCAAUUCACCACUUCGGUGCGAAAUAUCAAAAAUCAUUCGAAUUUCUUACUUUAGGUAAUUUGGAAAAUCUAUAUCUAAGUUAAAACUAUAUAAAUCAAAAUUGUGUGAAAAUAAGUUAUUCGUAUAUGUAUUGUUAAGUUUAGAAUAUUUCAACAUUUAGAUAAUUUUUGUGAUGUAAAGUUUUAUUGAACGUAGUUUACCGAGAAAUGUUUAGAAUUAUAACAAAACUUUAUAAAUUAAAUUGAUACAGGUAAUCAUGAAUAAAUGAAGUCUUAUGUUAAGAGUUUUAACUCAUCUGAGUAUAUUCAAAGUUUUCAUUAAAUUGCUAGAAAAACGUGAUUCUACAUUGUUUUAGUUUUCUUUAGAACGCACCGUGCCAUAAGGUCGUGGUGAUUUUUUUAUAUAAACAUGGAAUAUAUAAUAGAGCUAUUUUUAUGCCAAAUGUUUAGAAAAUGUUAAACCUUUUGCUAUAUUGGCGAUUCUUUGUUUAUUUUGUUUGAGGGUUAUCGAACUUAUCGAUAAUCACAUACCGAUAACAUCCCAUCACUAUAACACGUAUAAUUUAGCGAAUCUGCCAAUUAGCAAAAGGCAAUUAUUGUAAUAUUUUGUUAUUGUCAUAAUUUUGUAUGUACUUAAAAAAGUAAUUUGUUUAACUAAUUGACCAGAUUUAUACAUUCGUUUGGACUAACAUUCCUUAUUUUCUUACAUUGAAACGCUUUAAUUUUCUAUUUUCUAUUAUAUUAUAUGUUGGCCGCAGUUAUAAAAAAGUUUAUCAUGAUGGAAAAUAUGGAUACCAAGAAAAAAAUCACCUAUUUGAAAGAAAACGAAAAGUUUUAGACUUUUAUCGUGCUCUUUAAAUUAUAUAAUUAAAAUGGAUAAAGUAAAUGAAUUAAAAGAAUUAGUAGAGUUAAUUCAUAAUUAUAUAAAAAUCUUGUCCAGAUAAUAAAUAGAAAUAAAAUUUAAGUAGAUAUUUUGGAAUUAGAAUCUUUAAAAUUAAACUUUCUGACUACCCUGCAACCCGUGAUAAUACUUACUCAAGUAAAGCUGUCGGAUUUUAACAUAAAUCUUAAUAUAUCUCUUGACCAACUCUACGUAGCUAGUUUUCUCUAGAGAUGUAUAUUUUUAAAUCAUCUAUUUAACAAAAAAACUGUUUUUAUACACUAUAUUUAUUGCACAUUAUACAUUCCCUGUGUAUUUUUUAUAUUAUUUAUUACAUAUACUAUAUUCCAUUGUAACUAGAUCUGCGUUUCGAAUCUUUCAACUGUGUUAGCGAAAAACAGAAUCAACGUCAAAAAUAAUAUUAGGAUGGAUUGCACCAUAUAACGAUAACAAACCAUAUAACCAGUCCUCAAAUCGCCGAUUUACCCUAUUAAUGAUAAUUUGACAGCUGGUUAUGGUUUGGUUAUAGUCAGUUAUACGGUGCAAACGACCCUUAAAUUUAAAUGGCAAAUAAAAAAAAUAAUGACGUGGAAUAACAAUUCCGUUUUUCGCUAACACUGUAGCUACUUGUUUUUCAAAGAAGAUUUAAGAAAUUCUAGUAAUAGUGUGUUGUUUACAUACGCGUACUAACGUAGGAUAGUGUAAGAUUUGCGAUCGACUCGAUUCGUUGUGAUGCCUGCAAUAACGUGUUUAUUUUGUUUUUAUGAAAAAUAAAGUUACGGCACAAAGUU